UCCUGCCCUCAGAGGCUCUCAAAGCCCCGGUGGGCUGCUGUGGUGUGAGGUGGUAGGUGCAUUGAGGAGGCUGAAUGGGGUAGAUGGCUAUGUUGCCAUCACAAUUAAAUUCAAAGGGGAUAAUAUUGUCCAGACACCUACGUAGUUGUCCUAACACCUGCAUCAUCCCCAGCUUGCUACGCGGUGCCAUGCUUCUCUGCUGCUCUACCUCCAGGCUUCGCCUUCUGCUAGUGUCUCCUGCUGUGUUACCCAGCACUCCUGCUAGCAGUGCAAGUGAUACCUCAUGUGUUCACUCCUUUUGUGAUGUCACUGUAGGGCCUCAUGAUGUCAUUAUGUUCCAUCAAUGACAACCAAUGAAAGAAAAGGAGGAUAGGCUGAGGCCAGCCUGCUUCUGCAAGGACACAGUGUAGUUGGGUUGAGUUCCAUGAAGCUGCACCUGCUGCUGCCACUCCUGCUGGGGGCUGUGUUCCCUGUGCCACUUCCCCAAAGGCUCAGCGGCUCAGUCCCUGAGGAUUUCUCUGCUCCCCUGGAGCUCCCACAGCAGCACUUCGGCCUGGUGGAUGAUUAUGGCAUUAAACCGAAGCACCCCCAGUUCCAGACUCAAGCACCCCGGAAGCAGCCUGCAGGCCUGCACCAAGCACACAAGAGCAAGCGGGAUGAGUCAGAUUUGGCAGAAUAUUAUUAUGACAAUGUCCUGUGAGCUGCCCAGGGACUUGUGGGGUCUCCACGAGCCCCAUGAGCUAGGGACUCCAGCUCUG